AUGCCAAAUUCUGGCGAGGACAUCAGCAAUUUGUGUUUCUACUGCAGUCUGAGCAUGUCAAAGUUGAGCAAAAACUUUUUUAAGAUGCAGGGCGCAUACUUUAGAUUUUUGGGCUUUGAUAUAGCCGAUGGCGAGCAGGGCUGGCAGUAUCCUUGGAAAACGCUCUGGUGCAUGUUACCAUUGGCCGGCGUACAACCGAUGAUUGUUGCGUAUAUUAUAGUAAAUGCUGGCAGUGUGGAUAAAGUGGAUAGAAUGACAGAAGCUAUAGCUUCUAUAUUGCUGGAUUUGCUGUCGCUUUUCAAGCUUGGGCUCAUGAUCUGGCAGCAUAAGGAGUACAGACGACUUAUUGUGCGCUUUCGUUCGAUGCUUACACAAGCUUGCGACGAUUGGAUACCAGCGCGCAUUAUAAAUGAAGAAAAUGAACGAGAGCAGCGCAUAAGUCAGCGUUAUAAAUGGAGUUUCUUGCUCACAGGCGCCUUGUCAGCUUUAAUGCCAUUGAUAACAACAAUGAUGAUGUAUCUGAACAGCGGCGUACUGCAGCCGCAAAAUAGUUUUCCCUGCGUCUAUCCCUGGAACAAUGAGCAUUUGCAAAAUGCACUGUUCAGUUAUCUAUUCACUGUGGCAGCCAUAUUCGGUGUCAUCUCUGGCACCAUUUGCAUGGAUGCCUUCUUCAUGUCCUUGACGCACAAUCUGGUGGCUUUGUUCAAAGUAGCGCAAUAUCAUAUGCAAUUGAACACGACUACGUUGCAGCAAACGCAGACUCGACUUGGAGUUGUAUUUCAGCUAUACAAGGACACGGUGGACAUAAGCACCGCUGUGAAGCACAGCUUUCGUCCUUUGGUCUGUGUGCAACUGGUCAUAGCCUCGCUGCACUUGUGCGUCAUCGGCUAUACGCUCUCGAUGAACUUCAAUCAGGUUCAGAUGCCGUUCUAUGUGAUGUUCACCAUGUCGGUGCUAUCUCAACUGGGCAUGUACUGCUAUUGCGGGCAGCAGGUCAAGACGGAGAGCAUUAGAUUUGCUGAAGCCAUCUACGAUUGUCCUUGGUAUAAGUCGGCUGCAACUAGUCCAGCUAUUGGACUCUCGCUGCGCAUUUCGAUGAUGCGCGCUCAACGUGGCUGCAUCAUUGAUGGCUACUUCUUUGACGCCAACAUGGAGGUAUUUCUAACGAUUGUGCGAAAGUCCAUGUCCUAUUUCACUUUGCUGCGUUCGAUUUCCUAGACAAAGUUUAAACAACAGUUUAUAGCAAUUUUUGUUUUAUUGCUUGUAGCUUGCUGUUACUGCU